AUGGAUGGAGCAGCACGACAACCACAUUACAUCAUUAAUGUUCAAAGAAAUGGAAUUCACUUUAGCAAAUGCGUCAGGGCUUCUGAUUAUCGUUUGCUAUAUAACAGGGUUUUCAAAGCAAGGACAAUACCAACACCAACACAGAAGGCUAGCCUAGCGGAUAUGAGAGGGUUGGCCGACGGCUUAAACGGACUAAACAGUUCUGCCAUGAUUGACGAGGAGAUUUCGAUGGUGCUAAUGCUUUGAACGGACUAAAGUAUAUCAUUAAAGGUUAAGUGUCGGAAAAAGAAGCAGGAAAACGACUGGCCUAGGACCUAUUUCUUAGGAGCAUUGCAUCAGGGAUGCACCGAUCUAAUGAAGCUGCAUACAAUACGACAAAGAAAAAUUCAGAAUCAAAUACAUAGUAAUUGCUUGCUCUGAGUGUUUAUGUCAAGAUACGCGGCAUUCCAUAAAACUUGGACCAGGUAGAAGGUAAUAACAUCUCACUUUUCUUUAUUUCUCUUAUAGGUAUUGUACUUUGAAAGUUUAUUCAAUUAUAGCAUUGUACUUUUAGAUUUCAUUUAUUAGGAUAUUGUAAUGUGG